GCCCCCCUCUUUUCCGGCUCCUGGCUGUGGAGUUGGGAGCCUAGCAGCCCUGCGAGCCCCUGCAGCAGGGAGACUGGAAGCCCAGGGAUCCCCAACUCUAGCUGGGGUUCAGCUCCUGGCUCUGCCGCAGGGAGUCUAGAAACCUUGGGGACUCUCGGGGCUUCCUGUCAUGGAGGCUGAAAGUCCUGGGAUGGGCUCCCAGCAACUGAGCCUCUGGGGCAGCCAGACCCCAGGCUUCCAGACUCCUGGCCCCUUGCUCUCUGGGCUGCCUGCCUGGCAUCCAGGGGCAUCCAGACGCGGUGCCGCUGCUCAGUGAAACUGACGCUCUUGAAUGUGAAGGACAAUGUCACUCAGCGGCGGCCCGUCCCCGGGGAGCGAUCGGAGCCGCGGCCAGCCCGGGUCAGGCGCUGCGCGGAUCUGUGCCGCGCCAGGCGCAGCGAGACAGACCCCCCGCCUCCUGCUCUGCGCAGCUCCGCGGCAGGGGCGGGCUCAGCUCUGCCCAGCCCGGGACUCCGCCGCCGCGGGCAGCUCGGAGGCGGCUCCCGCAGAGCGCCCGGCUCCAGCCCGGCCCUGUGCGCGCAGGGCCCCCCGGCCCCUUUAAGAGCCGCCGCCCGCCCGGUCCCGACGUCAGCGCGGGGACCCUGCCCAGCCUGCGGCGCGGGGCGCAGCCCGACCCGCCUGGGAGCCGGCCUCCCUGAUGCCCGGCCCCCUGUGACGCUCUGGUGCAGCCAUGGCGGGGGCCAAGGGCUGCUACGAAGGGAAGAUCGCCGGCCUGUACGACCUGGAGCGCACGCUGGGCAAGGGCCACUUCGCCGUGGUCAAGCUGGCGCGGCACGUCUUCACGGGGGAGAAGGUGGCGGUGAAGGUGAUCGACAAGAGCAAACUGGACGUGAGCGCUGCGGGGCAGCUGCUGCAGGAGGUGCGCUGCAUGAAGCUGGUGCAGCAUCCCAACGUUGUGCGGCUCUACGAGGUCAUCGACACCCACUCCAAGCUCUACCUCAUCCUGGAGCUGGGGGACGGCGGCGACAUGUUCGACCACAUCAUGCGGCAUGACGGCGGGCUGGCCGAGGGGCGCGCCAAGCACUACUUUGCCCAGAUCGUCCACGCCAUCUCCUACUGCCACAAGCUGCACGUGGUGCACCGCGACCUCAAGCCCGAGAACGUGGUCUUCUUCCGGGAGCAGGGCGUGGUCAAGCUCACCGACUUUGGCUUCAGCAACCGCUUCCAGCCCGGCAAGAUGCUCACCACCAGCUGCGGCUCGCUGGCCUACUCAGCACCCGAGAUCCUGCUGGGGGAUGAGUAUGACGCCCCAGCCGUUGACGUCUGGAGCCUGGGGGUCAUCCUGUAUAUGCUGGUGUGCGGCCAGCCGCCCUUCCAGGAGGCCAACGACAGCGAGACGCUGACCAUGAUCAUGGACUGCCGCUACACCAUCCCGCCCCACGUGUCCUCGCAGUGUUCUGAUCUGGUCAGCCGGAUGCUGCAGCGGGACCCCAAGCAGCGGGCCUCCCUAGAGCAGAUUGAGACGCACCCCUGGCUGCAGGGCGUGGACCCCUCCCCAGCCAGCCGCUGCCUGCUGCCCCUGACGUCGCACAAGCGGGUGUCCGAGGAGGAACAUGACAUCAUCAUCCAGGCCAUGACGUGUGGGAACAUAGCGGACCGGGACGCCAUCCAGGAGGCCCUGGAGGCUGACCGCUACAACCACAUCACGGCCACGUACUUCCUGCUGGCGGAGCGGAUCCUCCGGGAGAAGCAGGAGAAACAAAGCCACAAACUCAGCUUGGUCUACAACCUGGCCCAGCAGGUGCAGAACAGCGCCAACCUGUCGGACCCAUUCAGCACCAUGGGCGACACCCGGGACCUCUCGCCCUUCGCAGAGAUGCCGGAUAGACUGGCAGCGUUCUCCAGUCCCCAGCCCCGGGCUGCCGCAGAGGAUUCUGGGAAAAGAGAUGGCAGACCCAUUUCCUUUUCUGCCCUGGGGGAAGACGACGCGCCCCCCGGCCUCCAUGGAAACGAGCAGCUGGUCCGAGCCCUGCUCAGUCCCGCUCUGGCGGAUGCCCCCAUGGCCAAGAGCACCCCAGCCCUGCAGCAGAUCUGCGAGGAGGACGAGGAGGACGAGGAAGAGGAGGGGAAGGCCAACGCAAUGGGAAGGAGAAGCUCUUCGCUAAACCAAGAGCAAAUGCGAGAUUUCCAGAGCUCCAAGGUCUCCCUAUUGUUCUGCCGUGGUGCUGUGACCCACAGCAAGGGGGAGAGGAGCCUUGGAGCCACCAAGCCAGGCCUCUUGGAGCAGGGCCCGGGGAGCAGCUGGCAGCUGCCACCUCUCAGGGGGGCGCCGAGUCCCAGGAGCGAGCCGGGUCAGCCCCGAGAGGCGACAAGCCACGGUGCAGCGCGGGAGGCCACAGACCACCUCAGCGUGAGCGUUGGGGAGAGCGCCCCCAGCCCCCUCCCUGCAGGGACGCCAGCGGCACAGGGGGACGCAGAGCUCCGGGAGGGCGGGGGAGUGGGUCUGGAGAAGGGCCAGGCUGAAGGCAGCUCGGGGCCAGAGGAGGACACCACCACAACAGAAAUGGAGGAUGGGGGCAGUCUGGGGCAAGUGGGCAAGGCCCUGUAUCCAGGUUGCUGCGAGGGCCCCGUCGCUGGCUCUGCCGGGAGCCUCCAAGCCACUUCACGUGGGACGACAGUUCCAGACGACAAGUCCAGGAAACUUGACAGGCCCCCUGAGACAGGCUCCUCCACCAGGCCCGCGCGCCCAGCUGAGAGCCCUCACUGCGGCAGCACCGCCGGCGGCGAAACCACGGCCGACAACGUGAUCAAGUUAGACCCUGCUAAAAACAAGAGCACCCACCUGAAGGACAGGCUCCUGCAGUUCCCGCUGUGCGAGAAGGCUCUGGCCUUCAAGAUCAGGCCCAGCUCCAAGGAGAGCCUGCUGUCCCUGGGGCAGUUCAACUGCUGUCACGUCAUCUAGACGGGGCCCGGGCAGGAAAGUGGCGGCGCACGGCCCCAGGCCAGGGGCUGCUGGCAGGUGCAGGGCUAAGGAACACCAUUCUCAGUCUCUUGCUCCCACAGAGCAGCCGUUCUCCUGGCUCCCUCGGGCCGGACUCUGAGACCCAGUCCUGCCCGCUCUCCCUUCCCUCGGCCCAGGGCCCUGCCGUGGGAGCACGUUGAGCACCCGGCUCCUCCCGUGGCCAUGCGCGUGGGCCGUCGGACGGCGACGGAGCGCGCUGGCCGGGCGGGAGCCACCUGGCUGGCCGGUCUCACGGAGAGCGCCCCCCCUCGCCCACCCAGGAUGGCUGCCGGUGCUCUGUCAGUUCCCCCCUGCAGCAGCGCAUUGGGCUCCUGCAAAAUUCCUGCCUUCGUGCUGACCCGCGAGCCCCCACAAAGGUAGGUCCGACAUCAGCAGCUGGCAGAGGGCAGCCGCAGGCUGGGAUCCGCACACGGUCUCCAAGAAGCCCUGUCCUGUCCUAAAGACCAGCGUGGUUGCAGCUGCACGGGCCAGCAGCCGUGCUCCUCUGCUCCUGAACCAGAGUCCGGGAGUCUGACUAGAACGUGGGACCCCAGGAAGCACAGCCACCCAGAUCCCCAAGGGAACGCACCGAGGGCCAGCUGCACUGCUCCUCCCUGGGGCCGGCAUCUGCUGGGGCAGAAUCUGGGCCAGUUACCAAAGGGUUAACAGCGGAAGCCAAUGCUCCUGUUCUGGGGAGGAACCCAGCCUCCCCUCCACUGCAGCCAUGCACCAGAAGCAGCCCAGGGCCAGACUUCAGCUUCCCCCAGGACCUCUUCGCACCUGCUGGCUGAAAGGAUGCAGAGGGGCUGCAAAGCACCCUGGGAAAUGCCUCUCCAGCUGGCCCAAAGCCAUCUCCCGCUGCUGGCGUGGCUCCGGGCUAGGGCAGGGCAAUCCAACACCCUGGAUAGGGCCACGGUGAUUGGGGCGCAAGUUAGGGUGAUCCUCUGAGCUGCUCUAACCUGCUCCACUGGCCCCAGCAGCCCCAGGACACAGCCAUAUUCCCCCGGCAUCUGCACCAGGGACUCCAUCACCACCACUCCUCGGGGGCAGCAAGGUCUGCGGGAGAGCCAAAGCCAGCGCAGAGUGCCACAGAGAGCAGCGGGAGCCGUGCCCAUGCCACGCACAGCCUCUUCCCCGGCGCACCGCCGGCUCCAGGGCUCCCAGCCGGGUCAGCCCGUGGCUGCCUCUGCAAGCAAAGGAAGAAAGGUGCUGAUGGAAUCCAAAUGGCGGCACCCCAAGCCACCUGCCAGUGUGUAGCAGUGAUGCCAGCGUGCUGUGCGCUGGGCUCACAGGGUGGUACAAGGGCUGGAGAAGCCCCGCCUCGCUGGGGGAGGCCUGCCAGCCCUCGAUGCACCCUCUUCCUUCUCUGACAGCCAGGCUGUGCCCCUGGAGCCUGACGUCCCGCUGGUCCUGGGGACGCAUUGGUCGGCUCUGUGCCCAGGCAGCCAACAGCUGCCUCAGCCCGCCUGGCUCUGCCUGGGGUGUUUUUAUAACUAUUAGAAAUAAUUUUUUAAAAUAGUCUAUUUUAAUGGAAUUUAAAUAGAGAUUGCUAUAUCCCCCUCCCCUGCCCGCCGGGGCACCGCGCCGCGCUUCCAGCCCCAGCCAUGCAUGGCCCCAGAAGCAUUUCCCAUCCCCGUACUCACCCACCCUGGAGCCAGAGGGGCCAUGCCACGGCCGACAGCUCCUCUGUCUGCAAAGUGGCCCCUGCUCUGGGGCCUCACCGAGGGGGACGUGGGGGAGGGUGUAUGUCAUGCACGCGCACACACGUAUACAAUCUAAUCGGUUCCCUCCAGACCCCUGUAACAAUAAGCUUUCUAUUUAUUAGCUCUUUGUUUUCUUGCUGGCAAGAAAUGAAUUGUGACUAGAGUCUGAAGCCAGAGCUCGCUGCUGAGUUCUGCAUAAUGUGCACUGAAUGGAUCAGGUCCAAUUGGGAAGCAAAGCAAGUCGGUCCAGUAAAAUAAGCUCUUGAUU